AUGGCCUCGGAGCUGGCAAUGAGCGCGGAGCUGCCCACCAGCCCCCUCGCCAUCGAGUACGUGAACGAUUUCGACUUGAUGAAGUUCGAAGUGAAGAAGGAACCGGCGGAGGCGGAGAGGCUGUGCCACCGUCUGCCUGCCGGGUCCCUGUCCUCCACCCCGCUCAGCACGCCCUGCUCCUCCGUGCCUUCCUCGCCCAGUUUCUGCGCUCCAAGUCCUGGUGGACAACCAGCACCAGGUCCCCCAACUACUACAGCUGCUUCCCUGGGCUCCAAACCUCAGCUAGAGGAGCUAUAUUGGAUGUCGGGUUACCAGCAUCACCUGAAUCCUGAAGCUCUCAACCUGACACCGGAGGAUGCGGUGGAAGCGUUGAUCGGAGCUCCACACCAUCAUCAUCAUCACCAUCAAGGUUACGAGCCUUUCCGACCUCAACCUUUUGGAGGUGAGGAGCUUCCUCCGGCAGCUCAUCAUCAUCCUGGUCACCACCAUCACCACCAUCACCACCUGCGUUUGGAGGACCGCUUCUCCGACGACCAGUUGGUGAGUAUGUCGGUACGAGAGCUCAACCGGCAGCUGCGGGGCUUCAGCAAGGAGGAGGUCAUCCGCCUCAAGCAGAAGAGGAGGACCUUGAAGAACCGAGGCUACGCUCAAUCCUGCCGUUACAAGCGGGUCCAGCAGCGGCACAUCCUGGAGAACGAGAAAUGUCAACUCCAAAGUCAAGUGGAACAACUCAAGCAAGAGGUGACCCGCUUGGCCAAGGAAAGGGAUCUGUACAAAGAAAAAUACGAGAAGUUAGCCGGCCGGGGGGGCUUCCCAAGGGAACCCUCCCCAUCCACAGCCCCCAAACCCACUGCCGACUUCUUUAUGUGA